AUGUCUGAUUAUAAUAAGUUUUACGUUCGAUUAAUUCGAAUUUUUAUAUUCUUGUUUCUUAUAGUCAAAAGUAAUGAUGCUGCUGAAAAUUUGUCACCUGGAAAUUGCGUGCAAACCUUUAGUAGUGAUGUCGACUAUUUUCCUUCCAAGGUUACCGUUACCACCGCUUCUUUAUUCACUAUAAAGUAUAAUAACAAUUAUAAACUUAUCACAAACACUGAUUCCAAAGAAACUUUUGCUCUUGUUCAAUGUGGAACUCCUGUCCCAACUGGUUUACCCUCCGGUACAAAAGUCUUUAAUAUAUCUCUCAAUAAUGUCGCCAUCAUGGACACCAGUGCUGUACCUUUUCUUGAGGCUCUUGGUCUUAGAUCCCAUAUCACCGAAUUAGGGUCUUCUUUUGUAUCUUCACCUUGCCUUCAGGCUCUUAGUUCUAAGUUGACUAUAAUUUCUUCGAGCAACAUGACUCUUAAAAGUGAACAACUUUCAAAAGUUGAUGCCGUAUUCGAUUCAAUGUUCAAUCUUUCCGAUCCAAAAACAAUCGGUAUUUCUGCCGUUUCUGAUCCUGGUCCACUUAACAGAGCAGAAUGGAUAAAAUUUUAUGCCGCUUUUUUCAACCUUGAAGACAAAGCUAACUCGAUUUAUAAUCAAAUAAGUGACAAUUACAACUGUUUAAAAAAAUUACCCUCUUCUAGCAAUCCUCCUACAGUGGCUUGGGUUUCCUACAAUGCUCCAUCGACUUUUAAUAAUAAUACUGCUUCUUGGGUAAUUGCUGAUGCUCCUUAUAAAAAAAUUUUGACCGAGAAUGCUGGUGGCAUUUAUUUUAAUACUACCACACUUAUGUAUUCUACGAGCUCCUCUUUCCUUUCUGCUAUCGCAAAUGUUGAUAUUUUGAUUGAUGAAAGUUUUAUUGCUCGCGAUAUUUCCGAAGUUUAUUCCAACUUUAAUCUAAAUAGUAAUGAUGUGCAAUAUAAAUUUGUUAAAAAUAGUGCUAUUUACAGAGAAGAUGGUGUGACUAGUCCAAGUGAUGGAAGGGAUUGGUUUGAAAGCGCUGUUUUAUUUGCUGAUGGUGUUUUGGAAGACAUGAUGAAUGUCGUUAAUCCUAAUUUACCUACAAAAGAUUAUAAGAGAGUUUGGUUAAGAAACGUCGCUAAAGGCGAACCUAUAAAAACUGAGACCUCCAAUAAUUGUUCUGAUGUAUCGGCUGCUUUAACGAGCAAUUCCCUUCAAUGUUCUUCAAUCAAACCAACUACAAAUACUAGUGCUGCU